CAUUGCCGUUUCAGCUUUACAGAACACAUUUGAUCUAUACAUACAUACAUAUAUAUAUAUACACUAUACAUACACAUGCAUAACAUGCUUGUUCCUUGAAGAAUAUAUAUACAGCUAUAUGAAUGUUUAAGUAGAGAGGGGGAAGAGAGAGGGAGAAAAGGAGGAGUAACUUAGAAAAUGUGAAAGAGUGACAGUACGGAGUAGAGCUAUGGAGGAGGUUAUGCAGCAGUCAAUAUCAAGUAAGAAAAGGAAGUUGUUAUCUGAGCUUGAAAAUCAGUACUUUGGGGACGUGAAUUUUCUGGAGAAUUCAGCGUCGCAAGAGGAGUCUAGGAUCUCUCUCUGUAACAAGCAUGACGACGUUGUAAAAGAACGAAAUAUUGAUUUGCAAUCCGAGGGUUGUGAAAAUGAAAUUUCCAAGUCCAAUUUCAGUAGAGAGAAGACUCCAACAAGCGAGCUUUGUGGAGAUUCCGAUGAAGUGUUAACGUAUUCAUCAUCAACGUUAACAGAAAAGUUAUUGAAGACUGUCACCGUUCAUCGGAGGAAACCGACGGCGGGAAAGAUACCAUCGGCGGCAGAACUGGAGGAGUUCUUUUCAGCUGCAGAAAAGUACGAGCAAAAACAAUUCGCUGAAAAGUACAACUAUGAUAUAGCUUUGGAUGUUCCCUUGGAGGGAUGGUACAAGUGGGAAGUUUGCAAUUUACAACCAUGAAUGAAGAUCACGAGGCAUCCUUUGAUUUGAUUCCCCAAUUUGAUUUUUCUACUGAUUUUAGUUGUGUACAGCAAUUUCUAUGUUUAUGCAAAGGAAGUAGAGAUCCUAAAUUUUCUUCUUAGUACAAUAUUUCUGAACUUCACACUCUAUUUUCAAAGUGGAUUCUAUUUCCAGAUUUUGCUGCUUCUAAAAUUGAAAAGGGUGUUUUGUUUUGGCUGUUUGA